AUGUUCAGUUGGCACCGCAGCUUCACCCUGGGAGCGCCCUGGAGGAGAGGUGAGUCCGCCGCCCCCUCGGCGCUGCCUCGUCCCGCCCGAAGACAGCCGACAGCUGCCGGCACACCUCCCCAAACCCGCUCCUCCGCCACCCCCUUCCUUCCCCUCAGCGGCCGCGUAGACAGUACUUACGGCAAGCCCAGCCCGUCCCGCUCCGCUCCUGGGCCCUCCGGACGGGCUGCCCACACGGCACCACAGCGCUGCCGCCUCGGCCCCAUGCUGCGCUCCCUGCUCUCCGGUUGCUUAUGCCCCAACGCAGGUAAGAAGAGUCCCCCGGCUGAGGACAAAGUCGUAUUAACACAUAUGAAGAUACUGAGCAGUGAAGGAAUUCAAAACCCGGGGUUAAUCCCAGAUGCUCCAACUGACACAGCCUGUACAGAAGAGUCCCAUCUCCCAGGUGCCAGCCUCCCACUGAACUGCCAGGGAAAUCUGAAUGCAGCAAGUACAGCGGCAGCUCCAGACUAUGUGGAUGCCCCAGCAAGCACAGACUGUGUAGCCACAGUGCCUGACCUCAAUGCUUUUGAGGCCAAGUGUCGGCUUCACAGAUUCUCCAAAUUUGAAUCUGAGGACUCUGGGGUUGAAUUGCCAAGUGGGGCUAAUUCUCCAUCAACACCAACUGGUUCAGAGAAGAGUUUUGUGCUUCACAGCAGAGACUCAUUUUGUGACUCAGGUGUGCUUAGCACCUCUUCUUCUCCAGAAAUUGACCAUCUGGUAAUGAGAACAUGUAAAGAGCAUGCCAGAAGAGCCAGCCAGCAAGAUCCAGAGACUGAAAAGCAGGCUGAGUACUACAGCCAGGAGGCAGAUGCUGCACAGACUCCUACAGUUUUCCUGGAAGACAUCAGUGUCCCUCAGGAAGAAAGUCCUGAUGAACAUUUUGACCAAAGCCAAAGGCAAACUUUGGAAAAGGAACCUACAGCAGAGACAGACCCUCCCAGGGAGAGCCCUCCUUCCACUCCAGCUCCCAGAGAAGAGCCAAAUACAAUUGCUGACAAUUUCCCAGAGAACUUUGGCAGCAUGCAAGACCUUCAGUUCCAUGGACAUCAGCUGAAGAAGUACCCCACAAGUGACAGUCUGGAUGAAUAUAUGGAUGAAUGCUGUAGACUGAGUGAGGUGAACCAAGGUAACAGUAAAGUCCUGGGAUCUGGUCUGGGUUACCUUGAACACAUUUGUCAACUGAUAGAGAAGAUUGGGCAGCUGCAGGAGCACAACCUGCGACUCCAGAAACAAGUGUGCAGCUUGCAGAAAGAGCAGAAGAUGAGCCAGGUGAAAGAGGAGUACCUUCUACAGCACUGCUCCUGUGGAGCUGCCAGCAUCUUCCUCAACUCCUGUCAAGAUGCGAAGACAUGUUUUGCUGGGAGAAGCAGACCUCACAGUGUCUUGGUUCAGAAUGGAAACCCUUCUGAUCUUUCCAUCAUCCCAGAAAUAGGAGCAAACACUGAAAAGCCGAGCAUUUGCAGUGGAGGAGAGAGAUACCCAGGAAACAGCCAGCCAAUGGUGGGGCUCAGGAAGUUGUCAAGCAAUAGGAACAACAAGGAGAAUGAGUUCAGAGAAGCUGAUAGUAUGGCUGAGCGGCAAGCUUUUUCAUCAAGGGAUCCUGCAGUAAGAAAGGGUCUGGACAUCAGCAAGAACAUCUCGAGUGAGAACCAUGCUUGGGGCAGAAUGAGAGAUCUUAUGAGGAAGACACGGCUGAGAAACCAAAACAAGCUGGGGCUAUCCUCUGCUGCCCUGAAGAGGUCCUGCCCACAGCUGUACAGGCCAGAUAUUAUGUCUUCAGAGCUGAGGAAAACUGAGAGGAACUCCAUGAUUGUUUUGGGGCAAAAUACAAAGAAUGAAAACAUAUGGCCUUUCUGAUAACCCAAGUCAAAUGGAACAAGAAAGGCAAAGUGGAAACAUGAAUGGACUCCAGCUUGAGAAACAGGAGGUUACUUAGUGCAGCCUGCAUCCUACAGUUGACAACAAAGCAACUUUUAUUUGAGUGUUAGAAGGGAAAGAGGGAAGGGGGAGGUUGAGAAGGGUCUGUGGACAGAUAUAUGCUCAGCUAUGUACCACUUAGCUGCUGAAUCUGAAGUAUACUUAAAAAACAAGCCAGAGAUCUUGGCAAC